GAAUUCAAUUCAACUGGAGAAUGUGAGAACUAUUAUAAUGACUCCGGAUCAAUUAAGAACUAUCAGCAAUCAUUUCCUACUACAUCACUUAAAAAUACAGACGACAAACCAGCCAUAUGUGUAAAAGAAGCUAAAGUAUUCUUGACACUUGAAUCACAUAAUGGAUUACAAGUGUUCAAAGUAGGCCGUGUUCUUUUUUGAUUGUAAAUUAAUUAUUAUGAAAUUUCAUUUGAAAUCAAAAUUUACAUCCGAUAAAUUGCACUGACUAAUUCUAAAAUUUAAUUUAAAAAAAAAAGUUAUGUUGACGGAUGCAGCCACUUUUGUAGAUAGGAAGUUGGAAAGGUAGAAUACAGACUGGAAUUUAAUGUAUAUCUGUAAACAACGAUAAAUCAUUGCUCUAACGAAAAAAAAGAUUCUGAGCGGAGUUCAGUUGAUAGUGACGCUUUAUUAACAAUAUAUACGACAAAUAACAUAAUUAAAUGGCAUCUUAUAUUUGCUCGUUUAAUAUUGUAUCGAUUUUCUCGUUUUUCUUAAGUUUUUCCCGGUUUUUCACAUUUGUUGAAAAAUGUCUGGGAAAAUAAAGAGAUAGUUUUUCUAAAAUACCUCUGUAGUUAGAUUUUCUUUUAAAAAAAGUGCUAUUAUUGCAAAUUGGAGCAAAAUUGCUAAUAGAAAAGUGGUGCACAGAAAAAAAAAACGUAAUAUUUUACAAAAACAAUUACUACAUUUUCCCGUUUUUCUGUUUAUUUUUUGGUUUUUCACAUUUGAUUUGAAAACUUCUGAGAAAAUCGAAAAAUUACGUCCUUAAAGUAUUACUUCGAAAAAAUUUCGUUUCAGAAAGGGGUUUGUAACGUUUACAUCAGAAUAAGCUUGCUGGCAGAAAAAGUGUUUACAUAAAAAAAAAAAAUACAUAUCUAAAAUCAAUGAAUGAGAUGAACUUCAUUCACUUGAGUAAAGAAAGUUAAUCUCUCCUAAGAAAACUGGGAGCAGUGCAAACCUCAUGGAAAACUUCCAAAGUCUCACAAAAUUCCAUUUCAAUUAUACUUCAAAAAACCACAAAUAUAAAACUAAAGAAACCGUAUAUGCGGAAAAAUCCGAAAAUAUGAAUGACAUCGGCAUGGAGAAAGUGGAGGCAAAGCUGCAAGCGUAGAUAGUGUGCAAGACUCUUUUCAUAAGUAGAAAAUACCAAUCUUUCUAAAACCAAUAUAUUUUUUACUCCGCUUAGAAUCUUUAAUCAUAAAAUGAUUUCCGAAAAAAAGCACAUUAGCUUGUUCGACUGGAUUUUUUUUUUUAUGUUACUACUUACUUACUUACGUGUAACUUAAAACAUUAUUUUACGGUACAUUAAAGUUUAAGUUUUAAUUUAUAGUUAAUUAUUAAAUUAAAUAAAAAAUUAAUAUAAUUUUAUUUAUUUAUACUUAAUUAUAAGUAAUUUCUAUCUACAUUCAAGGAAUUCCAAUUAACUGGAGAAGGGGAGGACAAUGAAAAUGACUCCGGAUCAAUUAGGAACUCUCAGCAAUCCUUUCCUACUACAUCACUAAAAAAUACAGACUACAAAUCAGCCGUAUGUGUAAAAGAAGCUAAAGUAUUCUUAACACUUGAAUCACAUAAUGGAUUACAAAAUUACGAAGUAAGCCGUGUUUAUUUUGGUUGUAAAUUAAUUAUUAUGAAAUUUCUUUUAAAAUCAAAAUUUACAUCCGAUACAUUGCACUGACUUAAUCUAAAAUUUAAUUUAAAAUAAGGUAAUUGGGACGGAUGCAGCCACUUUUGUAGGUAGGAAGUUGGAAAGGUAGGAUACAGACUGGAAUUUAAUGUAUAUCUGUAAACAACGAUAAACCUUUUCUUUAACGAAAAAAAAGAUUCUGAGCGGAGUUCAGUUAAUAGUGAUGCUUUAUUAACAAUAUAUAUGACAAAUAAUACAAUUGAAUAGGCAUCAUAUAUUUGUUCUUUUAAUAUUUGUUUAAUAUUAUAUCGAUUUUCUCGUUUUUCUUAAGUUUUUUCCCGUUUUUCACAUUUGUUGAGAAAUGCCUGGGAAAAUAGAGAAAUGGUCUUUCUAAAAUACCUCUAUAGUUAGACUUUCUUUGAGAAAAGUGCUAUAAUUGUAAAUCGGAGCAAAAUUGCUGGUAGAAAAAAAAAAUCGUAAUAUUUUACAAAUAGAAUUCCUAUAUUUUCCCGUUUUUUCUGUUUUUUCACAUUUGAUUUGGAAAUUUCUGAGAAAACCGAAAAAGUACGCCCUUAAAGUAUUAUUCCGAGAAAAUUUCGAUCUCAGAAAAGGGUUUACAUCGUUUACUUCAGAGUAAGCUUUCUGGCAGAAAAACUGUUAUACAUUUAUGAUACAUUAAUGUUUAAGUUUAAAUUUAUAGUUAAAUUAAUAAAUUAUGUAAAAUAAAAUAUUAUUUCUUUUAAUUAUACUUAUUUAUAAGUAAUUUCUUUCUACAUUCCAGGAAUUCCAAUUAACUGGAGAAGGGGAAAACAAUAAUAAUGAUUCCGGACCAACCAAGAACUCUCAGCAAUCAAUUAAUUUAACAAAGUUAAAAGAAGCUAAAUUAUUCGUCUCUUUAGAUGUUCAAGACACAGACCAAAACGAACAUCAAAUUUUCGCAAAAGUGAUACCAUGCCAAAUAACUGAUCACAAGACAGAACGAGCGAAGUUUAUGGCACACAACAAUAUCAACGCAGUAUUGAACGAUGCUAAUACUGAGAACUACGAUAGUGCACUCCGUAAUGAUUCUGAGACUACUCUUUCAAUACAAGCUGAUUUUCAGGACUGGUCUGAUAGUAUGGAUGACUCGAUUACGGACUCAACGGUAGCCUUAGAUAUUUUAAAUGACACGAAUGAUGAAAUUCCGGAUGUCUAA